AUGGAAACUGAUAAAUCCAUACCGCCUUCUGCGUCGACAUGGAAGAAUGGACAAGGCAGGCGCUUUAGCGAAGUCCUUCAAGAAGACAAUUGGUACAUAGCUGAGUCUGAUUCUGAAGAUGUUGCCCUAGCUGAAAAGGAGGAGGAUGAUCUGUUGGAUGAAGAAACAUACGACCCUAAGUGCCCUACUAUUCUUUUUACAGCAGCAGAGAAGAACCGUUGGAGAAGGGAAUGGCGGUCGGCGUUAGUGGUGAAAGGCUUGAGAAAAAGAGUUUCGUAUAUUCCUUUAGCCAGAAGGCUGAAUUCUUUGUGGGCAAGAAACGGUGAGAUUCAGAUUUCCGAUAUGAGGAACGGCUGUUUCUUGGUCAGAUUCAGGAAUCAGAAAGACUAUGAUUAUGCUACUAUGGGGGGACCAUGGCUACUUGGGGACACGUACCUAACCGUGCACAGAUGGUUUAAGGGUUUUAAUCCAUGGAAAUCGGUCAUUACAUCCACCAUGAUAUGGGCCCAACUCCCUGAACUCCCGAUCGAGUUCAUAAAUAAGGAAGCAGUGAUGAGAAUUGCUGAACAAAUUGGGAAACCAGUUCGAGUUGACCGAGUCACUGAGCUCGGAGCUAGAGGGAAGUACGCGCGAGUUUGUGUCGAGGUAGACCUAACCCUCCCGUUACUAUCUCAAUACAAGAUCGAAGGUGUGACAUAUCUCAUUCAAUAUGAAGGCCUCGACCAUAUCUGUACAAAUUGCGGGAAGUACGGCAAAUCUGCAGAGAAGUGUGAUUGCAAUUCGAUGGACCCAUCCAUGGACGCAGAUGCUACUCCGCAAGAUGAAGUGCAGGUGGAGGACCCCACCAAAGGACAAACUUACGGGGAAUGGAUGAUGGUCAGGAAAAGAGAUCGACGAAGUGGCCGGAGGGGGGAAUCGGGUGAGCCGACGGGGAACGGACAAAAUAAGCAUAACCGUUCCAAGUUCUACAAGACGACACUGAAGAGGAGAGGACGAGAGGGUUUUCCACCCAAAGUAAGUCGGAUCAGCCCCAGACACCUGUAUCCCCACGUGCUACUGAUUCAGUACGUGACCCUCACCAUGCAGAAGGGCAUGAGAUUCUAA